AUGGAUCCCAUAAAAUAUCUGGGUCUUCUGGUGAACAAAAACGGAGCCAGAAAUCCAGAGGCGGUUGAAGCAGCACUCACGUGGAAAGCACCCAAAACGGACAUUCAGCUAAUGAAUUUUCAAGGCCUUGCCAAUAAAUAUCUGGAGUUAUUCACAGAAUAUGCAGAAAGGAUAUAUCCUAUGCCACAACUUAUGCAGAAGAAGGAAAAGAUGUUCGGCCGAAACGAUGAAGAACAAGUUGAAUUUAGGAAUUUCGAACGGGAGCUUAGAGAGGCUCCGGUGUCUGUUGAAGAAAAGAUGUUCGUAUUGGACACUGAUGCAUCAGUUGUAGCAAUGUCUGGCAUACUCCACCAAUAA